GUCUGCCUGUCAGAUAACCCCAGCAAGCCAUGCUUUGUGCUCUUCUUCAAAGGGGUUCGAAUCAUGUUGGACUGUGGCCUGGACAUUAAGCAGAUCCUACACUUUGUGCCUCUGCUGGUAGUUCCUGGGUUUCAAGUGUCCAAGGCACGGCCGUGGAGUCAAGGUGGAGACAAAAGGACUCGGGUACCAGAUGAUGUGACACAAGAGCUAAAAGAUUGUGGUGGAAGACUCUUGGUAGAUGGAGCACCUGAGUUUGCCAUACCAGAGACUGGCAUCAUCAACUUGUCCACCCUGGAUGCCAUACUUAUCUCCAGCUAUGGCUGUCUGAUGGCACUGCCGUAUAUCACAGAAUGUACGGGGUUUAGAGGCACAGUGUACAUGACGGAGCCCACACUGCAUAUUGGCAGACUGUACAUGGAAGAGUUGGUGAAAUACGUUGAGAGGAAUCCCAAGUCUUCAGUGGCAUCUCACUGGAAACAGGAACAUAUUAUCAGAAACCUGCCAGCACCACUGAGAGAUGCCAUCCGCCCACGGCAGUGGAGGAAGCUGUACACCCUACAUGACAUCAACUCUGCUCUGUCCAAGGUGCAGCUGGUCGGGUUCAGCGAGAAAGUGGAUAUUUUUGGAGCCCUGACAGUCACUCCUGCCAGUUCUGGUUGCUGUAUUGGCAGUUGCAACUGGAUUAUUCAGUCAAAAUAUGAAAAAAUAUGUUAUGUGGCAGGGACAUCUACAUUGACCACACAUCCCAGGCCAAUGGAUCAGGCCCCACUCAAGAAUGCAGACAUCCUGAUCCUCAGCUGCUUCACUCAGACCCCCUUAUCAUUGCCAGAUCCAAUGAUAGGAGAGUUUUGUGUCAAUGCAGCUGUGACGGUCAAGAAUGGUGGCAAUGUUCUUGUUCCCUGCUAUGCGUCGGGAGUAACCUUUGACCUGUUUGAGUGCCUGUCGGGACAUCUAGACCAGUGUGGGCUGUCGGGUGUGCCGAUGUACUUCCUGUCUCCAGUGUCGGACAGCACGCUGGCGUACUCUAACAUCUUUGCUGAGUGGUUGUCCUCCAGUAAGCAGUCGAAGGUGUUUUUGCCUGAGUGUCCGUUCCCUCACGCUGAUCUUCUCAGUAAGGGAAGAUUGAAAAACUUUUCCAGUAUUCACACUGGUCUCACUACUGACUUCCAUACACCGUGUAUCCUGUUUGCUGGGCACCCGUCUCUUCGUAUGGGGGACAUUGUGCACUUCAUUGAGCUGUGGGGCAACUCUUCGGCAAACACAAUUAUUUUUACAGAGCCAGACUUCCCUCACCUGGACGCUCUGGCACCUUUUCUACCUCUAGCCAUGCGGGUGUGUUACUGCCCUAUUGACACCAGCCUCAAUUUCUCCCAAGCCAACAAGUUGAUUCGUGACCUUCGACCCCUGCACCUGGUGGUGUCAGAAACAUACACCAAGCCACCAGUUUUAGAACCACUACGUAAUGAUCUCACCAUUGACUUUGAACCGUCACCGCUGACUUACAAGCAGGGUGAGGUACUGUCCCUUCCAGUGAAACGUCAGUUCGAGGUUGUGGAAAUGGAGCAAGAGCUGGCAAACACACUAGAGCCUGUAGAGGUCAAACCAGGGUCAGCGCUCUCCUUGGUAACAGCUUCCCUUGUUGCCAAGGACAACAAGUUUUUGCUCAAGCGACUGUCCAAAGAAACCCAACUGUCCCGAAAGAGAAGAGCCGAUGGAAGUCUGCUGUGGCGCAAGCCCUAUAUUUUUGGGACGCCUAGCUUGCACACCAUCGCUGAUGCUUUAAAACAGCAUGGGUUUUCAUCUAUCAAAGUUGAAGAGAGUGACACUGGCUCCAUUAUUCACUUGGUAAAGGAAGACUCUCUGAUCCAGGUGGAUGGAUCCUCCACACACAUCAUCUGUGACAGCGAGGAUGUGCGACUGAAACUCAAAGAUGUGAUGUUGAAGUGCUUGAAACAGUUGUAG